AUGGAUAUAAGCUAUAUCUUUGUGAUCUCCCUGAUGCUGGCCCUGUGCAGCAGCCAGGCCGAGAGCAAACAAAAGUCUGGACGGGGCCGAGGCUCCAUGUGGUGGGGUAUUGCCAAGGUCGGCGAACCGAACAAUAUGUCACCCAUAACCACCGGCAUUAUGUAUAUGGAUCCCGCCAUACACUCGACGCUGAGAAGGAAACAGCGUCGCUUGGUGCGGGACAAUCCUGGUGUACUGGGGGCCCUGGUCAAGGGCGCCAAUCUGGCCAUCAGCGAGUGCCAGCAUCAGUUCCGGAAUCGACGAUGGAACUGCUCGACCAGGAAUUUCCUAAGAGGCAAAAAUCUAUUUGGCAAAAUCGUAGAUCGAGGCUGCCGCGAGACGGGCUUCAUCUAUGCCAUCACCAGUGCCGCUGUGACCCAUUCGAUAGCCCGGGCCUGCAGCGAGGGCACCAUUGAGUCCUGCACCUGCGACUACAGCCACCAGUCGCGCUCCCCGCAGGCCAACCAUCAGGCGGGCAGCGUGGCCGGUGUCCGGGACUGGGAAUGGGGCGGCUGCUCCGACAAUAUUGGAUUCGGCUUCAAGUUCUCCCGCGAAUUCGUGGACACUGGCGAGCGUGGACGCAAUCUGCGCGAGAAGAUGAAUCUCCACAACAACGAGGCGGGCCGUGCGCACGUUCAGGCGGAGAUGCGGCAGGAGUGCAAAUGCCAUGGCAUGUCCGGCUCUUGUACGGUGAAGACAUGCUGGAUGCGUCUCGCCAAUUUCCGUGUGAUCGGUGACAAUCUGAAGGCACGCUUCGAUGGCGCCACCCGUGUCCAGGUCAGCAACAGUCUCCGGCAGAGUGCCAAUGCGGUCGCCGUAGUGAGUCCCAAUGCGGCUAUGGGCUCCAACUCCAACGGGGGCUCGAAUGGUCUGCUGCAGUCUGCAGUCAGCGUUUACGAGGAGGAGGAGCGUAUGCUGAACGAUCAUAUGCCGGACCUUCUGCUGGACAACACUCAUCUGAGCAGCAAGAUCCAUCAUCCAAAUAUGCCAUCGCCAAAUAGUUUACCCAUGGCGGGAGCAAGGUCCAGGAACGGACGUCGUCAGGGUCGCAAACAUAAUAGAUAUCAUUUUCAACUGAAUCCCCACAAUCCCGAGCAUAAACCACCGGGUUCCAAGGACAUUGUCUACCUGGAGCCUUCGCCCAGUUUCUGCGAGAAGAAUCUGAGACACGGGAUCCUGGGAACGCAUGGCCGUCAGUGCAAUGAGACCUCUCUAGGAGUCGAUGGCUGUGGCCUGAUGUGCUGCGGGCGUGGCUAUCGAAGAGACGAGGUCAUCGUCGUGGAGCGAUGUGCCUGCACUUUCCACUGGUGUUGCGAGGUCAAGUGCAAGCUGUGUCGAACCAAGAAGGUCAUCUACACGUGUCUAUAAGUAGUAGUUCCCGCCCCGCCCCCACCCCCAAAAGCCCACAUCCUCAUUCUAUCUAAAUCAACUGUCUUUUCUAUGUGUAUGUGUUAUGUAUUUUGUCUACGCUUAGCCUUUGUUAUUAGCCACUUAAGAGCCUAGACUAUAGCCUAGUUAAAGAUACAGCUACCAUCCCCACAUCCCCACUCUCUCUCUCUCCAUAUCAUAUUUAACUCUCACCUUUUUUGAUAGCAGUAUUACGGGAGGAAUCAGUGAAUAGUUUUCAUGAAAGAAUAAAACUUAUGUUUGCCCAGUUUUUAGUUUUUAGUGAGCCAGCAAAUUAUUUUGUAAAUUACAAUUGCUGCAUGUCCACCCCAACCCACCCCAUCCCUUAGUUUAGGGUGUAAUUUUAGUCUAGCUUAAAGUUUUACUAGCGCGUCCCUCCCUACUCUUUCCGUCUCUAUUCUCUAUACAAGAAAGUUUUAAAUCAUUUUUAAAUCAUCGAAAAACAAGACUGAACAAAUUCAAUAUCGCACCGCCGCUCUCCCCUCCGUCUUUAUCUGUCGAAUAUCGAAUUUUGCUUUCAUGUUGCUUUGGCCGGGCUCAAAGCAGAUGGAAAGCGGGAAUAGAUCAGAAAUCAUUUAAGCUUAAGAAUUAAGCGAAGAAUAACCAAGGCUGGAAAACAAUUGGAACAAUGGAUCUUCCAAAAUGGUAUUUCCAAUUAUGGCCUUGGUCCCCAAAUCAUUUACUAAUUUUUGUGUACAUAAAUAAGAUUUAAUUUAAUUUUAGUCUGCGUCUAAAUCAACCAUCCACCCGUUUGUUGCUUGGAAUUUAUGAAAUUUUGCACAUAA